GCAGUGUAAACACUCGUCAAUUUUUACGGCGUGUGUGAUUCAUGGUUUUCCCCUUUACAUAAAACACUCAUCAUCGCGGUUAAAGUAAAUGGUUAACAGUUGCAGUUAUUCGUUGAUUAACUUUGUAUAUAUGUUUACACCGUACGAUAAUACUUCGUGCAUUUUAUAUGAGCAUACAAAAAGUAUCAGAACGUCAGCAUCUACUUAUAUAUAACUAUAUAUAGUGCGACGCGUUUUCGCUACGAUACCCACGGAAAUUUCAAGAUUUUGCAGAAAAACGCAUUUUACUUCAUAAGUGUUCGGUGUGAGUCAAAAGUGAGCGGUGAGGUGUAGAUGAGACAGUAUCAACCAGAGAAAGAGUAGGUCUCGGGUUAUCGUCGCACGCAUGAGUUAUAAGAGUUUCGUCGCACAUUUCUUGCAUUGUUUAACAUGGCCGCUGACCAAAUAAAAGAAACUGCCCCAGAUGAAGAAUGCCAAAGUUCUAAGAGUAGAAUUCGAACUUACACACGACGUUGGUUGGUGUUGGUGGCUCUCUCUGUUCUGGUCUUCACAAACUCCAUGUCAAGACUUGCCUUCGGACCGGUCGCUUACACAGCAGCUUCGUUCUAUGAAACAGAGGUUGGCACAAUUAAUUGGUUUGCGAUCGUCUAUAUGGUCGUCGGGAUUCCCUUUGGAUUGGUUGCGACUUGGGUGAUGGAAAAACUAGGACUUCGCACCUCGCUUGUUGCAGCAGCGUGGGUUAAUCUUGUUGGAUGUAUCCUCCGAACUUGCAGUGCGUUGGAAGGAUUAGAAAGCAUGGCGAGACUCGGUCUCGUGUUCACUGGCCAUGUGUUGUCAGCCAUUGCUCAGCCGUUCUUCAUGUUUGCACCGACCAAGGUAUCCGCUGUAUGGUUUCCUGAUAACCAGCGAGCAAUGGCCAACACUAUUGCUACAACCAGCAACCCACUUGGAAUACUCGCAGCUAACUUGCUAUCCCCCAUCAUUGUUAAAGAACCGAAUAAUAUUCUGCUCAUGCAGAUUGUAUUCGCGUGCCCUGCAGUAUUUGGUGCCCUAUUUGCAACCUUUGUUAUACGAAGCAAUGCUCCUCCGUUGCCGCCGUCUGAAAGCGCCGUAACAAGAUCAGAGCCCUUCUGUGUCGGACUGAAAACUUUGGCGAAGAAUCCACAAUACUGGAUCCUGUUUGUCAGCGUAGGCGGUGGAGUCGGGAUAUACACUGCAAUCACGGUUUUCCUUGAGCAAAUACUCUGCCCAUGGGGCUACUCGGAUUUUUUCGCAGGUGUUGUGUGCGGGACUUGCCUUGUAGUUGCUGGGGUGCUUGGUGCGUUAAUGGCCGGCAUCAUCGCUGACCGGACCAAACGAUUCGUGCUUGUGGCAAAAAUCACCUAUCUAUUUUGUCUUGGAGCGGUUUCUAUGUUCGCGAUUGUGCAGAAUCGAGCGAUGCAGAACGCGCUGGUGGCUGUAGCCUGUGGUUUAAUCGGUUUCUUCGGCAUGCCACUCUUUCCCCUUGGCAAUGAAUUGGUUGUCGAAACGACUUAUCCAGCAGAACCAUCCACCAGUACUGGCCUGGUGUUUCUAAGUGGGCAGCUCCAAGGAAUGCUUUUGAUAUUGGUUCUACAAAACGUUGCAAAACCUGUUCCGGAGAUAUACAAAAAUGCCACACGGUGUCAUUCCGAAAGCUCUUCAGAAAAGUGGAUACGGCCCACCGUUCGAGACAUGACAGUGCCUUGUUACGUAUUGAUGGGAUACGCUAUUCUUGUUGGUCUCGUGUUUGUCAUAUUUUUCAAAACGGAUUACAGAAGAAUUACAAUGGAGAGGAAAGCAAGACAAAGCGAUAGAAAAUUAUCAUCUGGUUCAUGCAAAACACCUGAGUUCCCUGAGAGCAGUAACUCAUGCACGAGUGCAGAUUGCCUACCAACUGGGCCGGGGGACGAACUAAAAAAAGGAUAAUAGCAAACCCGUGACUCGUCCUUAAGUGAUGACUUUAUGGCAUCACUCAUUUAUUUCAAACGUGGCAUGUCAAAACAGUUCAUGGUUGACGAAGCUGAAACACAAAACGACAAUUUUGUCAUGCUUUGGUUUUUUCUCGACUUGAAAGUGACUGCUUGAGAAUUACGUCACUGUUUAAAAGUCGAUUUGUUUCUAGUCUCUCUUUUCUCUGCGAUAAUUUGUGCUUUUGUGGUUACUGUUACAUAGUUUAUUGUCGAAUUUCAGUCAUUGGGGUUUAAAUACCCAUGUUCUUUAGUCAACACCAUUUUACUUUUGAUUAUUAAAUAUAUCACACGAAUUGUAUGCACUCCACACAUACGGCAUAGUAUAUUAUCAGUCGAGCAUGUUAGAGGUCGCAUUCUUAAGACGUGGAAAAAUAAACCGUUAAUUAGACCAAGCUAUAUAAUACGAAUAAAGGGUUUUAAUUAUU